AUGCGCCUCCCACUCCAUCGCCUCCUAUUCCUCAUCUGCCUCCUCCUUUCGCCCGUCGCCGCCAUCGGUCCCUCAUGCUUCAAAGUUGUCUCUGCCCUGGUCGGGCGACCAGGUCACUUGUUCAAUAAAUUUCAAAGUGAAAUCUGCGAGCGCGGUUGUCAACCUACCAUCCCACACUGGGACCUCUGGACCCGCAACAACUCCUUUGUUCCGGCAGUGCGCAGCCUGAUGACUCGCAUGAACGUACCUCAUAAAGAAGAGGCUUUACUCAAAAUGGGUGACGAUGUGGCGGUCAUCAUCAAAGAGCGAUGUGCGCCUAUGCUACACGGUCGACACAUCUGCUCUGACCCGACCACUUUGUCUGAUUUUGGAAACUGCUUUAAGAAAAACUUUCUCAAGGCUUCGAUCAAGCACCUGCCUAUACUCUUGCCUAUGGCAUCGGACGCGGCAUGUAAGGAACAACAUAAGUUCUUGCAGGGCGAUGAGUUGUGGGAGGUGACUAUUCCGAAUAACAUGCGAGAAUAUGCUAGCGUGUGUGAUAAAUUGGGGCCAUUUGAACACGAUGAGCUGUGA